AUGAAGCAACCACAAGGCUUUGAGGACAAAAAUAAACCAGAUUUUGUAUGCAAGUUAUCCAAGUUUCUAUAUGGUCAUCGACAUGCACCUCAUGCUUGGUUCGAUAGACUAAAAGAAACACUUCUUAGCUGGAAGUUCGUGAACUCUAAGGCUGACUCCUCCCUGUUCUUCUACAAAAUAGACACUUUAAUUAUUUUGGUACUUAUCUACGUUGAUGAUAUAAUUGUUACAAGCAACAAUUUGGAGAAACUGAAACAAUUCAUCACUAAAUUGAACCUAGAGUUUGCACUGAAAGAUCUUGGGCCAUUACACUACUUCUUGGGAGUGGAAGUCUAUCGAGACCAUACUGGUAUGUAUUUGAACCAAACUAAAUAUGUAGAAGAACUGUUGAGAAAGAACAGCAUGCUUCACUUGAAGCCGUGUCCAACACCAAUGACAAUUGGAAAGAUGAUUUCCAUCUCAGAUGGGGAACUGUUGGAGAAUCCAACAAUAUAUAGAAGCCUAAUUGGUGGUCUUCAAUACCUUACUCAUACACGGCCUGACCUUAGUUUUGCUGUCAACAAACUAAGUCAAUUUCUUAAAGCUCCUACAACAAGCCACUGGAACACAGCCAAAAGAAUUCUGAGGUAUGUGAAGGGUACUCCACACCAUGGAUUGCACAUCAAACACUGUGAUCAACUUGCCUUGACUGGAUACUCAGAUGCCGAUUGGGCAUGUUGCCCGGAUGAUAGAAGAUCAAUAGCAGGAUAUUGUAUUUAUCUUGGAGACUCACUUGUUUCUUGGUCAUUAAAGAAACAAGCGAUUGUUUCACGCUCUAGCAUCGAGUCAGAGUAUCGUGCACUAGCACAAGUCUCAGCUGAGCUUUCAUGGAUUCAAGCUCUUCUAUAG